AUGAAUUGUAUUCCUAGUCCAAUCAGUGAAAGAAAAAUCCAAGUUAAUAAUGAGAAUCGUAUAGGCAAGGAAAAUAUCCUCCACACUAUUCCCAGAGAAAAUUCAAUUAACUUAACACCUCAUUCUACAAAUGAAAAGAAAGUCCUAUCCGAGGUAAACAGUAAUAAGAUCGAUGCUUUGCAACUCCCUCAAGGUAAAUUACAAAGAGAUUCCACUCAUUUAGAAAAGACCAAGAAGAGGCGAUUAUCAAAUGAUUCAACUGAUACUGUAGGGCCAAAGACCUCAAAAAAAGUGAAACAUCAUCAAUGGAAGAAUUUAGAUUCAUUGGAGAUAAAUGAUCCAUUUAUGGUAGCAGAAUAUACAGAUUCUAUAUUUUCUCAUCUUUACGAGAAGGAAAUUCAAACGCUACCAACACAUAACUACUUAAUGGAUACGCAAUCCCCCUACCAUUUGAAAAGUUCCAUGAGAGCUCUAUUAAUUGAUUGGUUGAUUGAGGUUCACGAGAAAUUUCACUGCUUACCUGAAACAUUAUUUUUAGCGAUAAACCUACUGGAUCGAUUUUUAUCACAAAACGUUGUUAAAUUGAACAAAUUACAACUACUAUGCAUAACUUGCCUGUUCAUUGCCUGUAAAUUUGAAGAAGUUAAAUUACCUAAAAUAGCAAAUUUUGCCUAUGUGACUGACGGUGCUGCCACUGUCGAAGGAAUUAGGAAGGCUGAACUAUUCAUUCUAAGUUCUCUAGGUUACAACAUAUCUCUACCAAACCCUCUAAAUUUCAUUAGAAGAAUUUCUAAAGCUGACAACUACUGCAUUGAAACAAGGAACAUAGCCAAAUUUAUCAUGGAGUAUUCUAUAUGUUGCAAUAAGUUUAUCCACGUGAAACCAUCAUAUUUAGCUGCCAUGUCCAUGUAUAUCGCCAGAAAAAUUAAAAAUGACAGUUCCAAAUGGGACGAUACUUUUAUUCAUUAUAGUGGCGGUAUCGGUAUUGAAUCAGACCCAGCGUUUGAGGAUUUUAUCAAUGAAUUGAUUAAAGAUAUUGCUGUACCUGAAACGAAUCUCGAUUCGUUGAGGCUUAAAUACAAAAAGCCAAAACAUGGCAUGGUUUACUUCAAGGUUUUUGACUGGUGUAAACAAAAAACAUUGAAUCACAGAUCAGAAUUAUAG